CAUCAGUUUAUUAACUUGUUUUGUUGUUUAUUUCAGGUUCCUCGAAAAAUGAAGGAAAAACUUCUGCAAAUGAAUGGGCAACAACGAAGAAUUUAUAUAAAACAAUUUAAAAAAAAGCGAAAAGCGAAUUUUGAUUUGACAAUGCGAUGUAAAUCAAUUUGGGAAAUAAUACGAAGGUUAUUCGAAUAUUUCAAGCGUGAAAAAGCAAUAAGUGAGCUUUAUAGUUUGGUUAAAGGUAAAAUGAAGGAACUAAUAUAUGCACAUGACACAAGCCGCGUUAUUGAAUGUCUAUUAAGUUUUGCCGGACCUGAAAUGAAAGAAGCAUUGUUUCGAGAAUUAAUUCCAGAAAUUAUUCGUAUGGCAAAAUCAAAAUAUGCUCGAUUCUUCGUCGUCAAAAUGCUGAAAUUUGGGACUGGGUCGCAAAGAAAAUUAGUAAUAGAAUCAAUUCGCAACCACUGCGUGUCUUUAAUGCGAACAACGAUUUCUGCUUCAGUACUGGAAUUGAUUUAUAAUGAUUAUGCAAAUGCACAACAAAGACGAGAUAUCGAAUCGGAAUUUUAUGGAAAGGAGUAUUGUAUCUUCGAUGAACUGGCAAAGCAACCCAAUAAAAUAAAAGCAGUCGUAACAAACCUUUAUGAUAACCUUAUUGAUAUUGUGACUAAGCCACAACUGAAAUUAUCUCUGGUUCACUCCUUGCUGCAAACCUUUUUUGAACAUUGUAACAAAGAAGAAAGAACGGAAAUGAUCGAUUCAUUGAAAGAUCAUAUCGCCGAGAUUGUCCAUACAAAUCCUGGUGCCAAUGUUGCUUUGCAAUGCAUAUGGCAUGGAACAGCAAAAGAACGAAAGGUCAUAGUGAAAAAUUUCAAAGGUCUGGUUGUGAAAGCGUGUAAAGAAAAGUAUGGUCAUCAUGUUUUGCUCGGAAUUUUUGAUUCUGUGGAUGAUACCGUUAAAGUGAAUAAAUAUAUAGUCCAAGAAAUCGGAAAUCAUAUUAGUGAAAUAAUUUCUGAUAAAUAUGGCAUAAAUGUCUUACAUUAUCUCGUUCAUCCGAGAGACCCUCGAUACUUUUCAAAAAUACAAAUAGAACUUCUCAAAAAGGGUGAUAGUAAUGAAUUUACCAAAAAGCCGACACAGGACCGUUUCUCGGAAUUAUUUAAGUGCAUAUCAAAACCUCUAGGUAAAUUUAUGGCCGCAAACAUCGAUGAACUUAUAUCUAGCAAGCAUACUAAUGGUUUUGAUAAAAAUACAUUGGUAAAUAUUUCGUGGUUUUUAGAUGAUUUGCACUCAUUUAAACGCAGUAUUGAUGAUGAGAUUCGUUCAAUUUGCUACAAUUCAAUAGCGACGAUAUGUGCGAAGGAAUUUAUUCCACUCGAUAUGGGCAAGUUGCAUCCUAUUGAAAAUUCAAUCUCUCAUUUUGUCAUAUCAAAACUUCUUAAAAACGAUUUGAAAUGUGAAGUGAAAUUAAGCGCAUCAUUAGCUGCUCUUGGAAAGGAUAAACUUGUUUCUUGGGUUUGUUUUAGAUUUUGUUUCCAUCAGAUUUUUAUUUUAUUAAGUAAAUAUCUAAUAUUUAAAGAAAAGGAGAGUAAAACCAAAAAUCUAAUCAAAGCCUUUAUAUCUACUGUAGCUCUCAAAAAAUAUACCACAAGUGGAGCUUCUGUUCUCUUAUCUAAGCUCUCUGAUGCGUAA